AUGCUUCGCCCAUCGCUUGUUCGUGCAGCACGCGCGCACAAACCGAUGAUCAAAUUCCCGGAUCGUCGUGCCCCUAAACCGGAGCAUAAGCCACAGCCGCACCCCGAUGCGCCCGAAGACAUUGCCAACAACUUUGAGCAAUUCCGCCAAGUGCUCGAGUCGGGUCCACAUUAUGACCCAUCUAAGCUAAAGCCAUUUAGCUUGGACUCUGGAAAGAGUGCUUCUGGUCAGACUGGUUCGCGAGACGCAGUGACCACUGUGUUUGACUUGCCCCGGCGAUUCUGGGACACGCCAGCUCUUCGUAUGUCACCAGCUGAGAUGGACGCCAUUCAGUCCGGUGGUGCGUCCAUGAUGGAUUAA